AGUGCGCGUUAAAUUGCAUUUGUUCCUUUGCUUUCGAAUAUAAUGAAUACGGCCACAGCAGAGAGCAAUCCGAAUCCUCAAGAGAGAGACAACUUCUUCUCGAACCUUUUCUACUGGUGGACUAGGCAUAUCUACAAAAAGGGUUACAGAAGGGCUUUGGCGCUGAGCGACCUUUACGAUCCGCUGGAACUCGAUCGAGCGUCUUAUCUCGGAGAUCGAUUGGAAACUCAAUGGAACACACAAGUUUACAAGGGAGCGAAAUCGCUGAACCUGGCAAAAAUCAUAUUCUUCACAUUCCAAAGAGAAUUCAUACUUGGUGCCGUGAAGCAAAUAUUCGAGCUAGCUGUUAUGUUCGGAUUUCCGAUUCUGCUCGGAUUGCUUCUCCGAUGCUUCUCAGACGAAACGAAGACUUCUCGCGAGACGCUAAUGUGGUCGUUUUUUCUCAUAGUCUUCGAAUUCAUGAAGACGAUAAUAGGCAACCACAAGCGAUACAGUCUCAUGCAUCUCGGUGGAAGAGUACGCGUUGCUUUGUCGACGUUGAUAUACAGAAAAACUCUACGUUUGAGUAAGACAGCCAUAGGCAACACGACAAGUGGAAAAAUAGUCAAUCUACUUGCCAACGACAUCACUCGACUGGACUAUGCUCUUGUCAACAUUAACCUCCUUUGGACCAUGCCGUUUUGCCUCGUGAUUAUCGGUAUCGUUUUGUACACGCGAGGCGGUUGGUCAGCUUUGGCCGGGAUGCUCGCCAUCUUCAUCCUUGUUCCAAUUCAAGUCUACCUGACCCACUUGUCCAACAAGUAUCGCAAGCAGUCGACUCAGAAGACCGACGAGCGUAUUCAGCUCCUGGAGGAGGUGAUAUCGGGCAUAAAAAUCAUCAAGAUGUAUGCCUGGGAGAAGCCCUUCUGCGCCUUGGUAGCCACUGUCAGGAACCUCGAGCUCGGGAUAAUCGCCAACAGCACCUACCUUCGUGACAUCUGCUUGACCUUCAACAUAUUCACUUCAAGAAUCGCCUUCUACUGUACCAUCGUGGCCAUGGUUCUGAUGGGCGAGCAUUUGACUGUCCAGAAGGUCUUCGUCAUGCUGCCCUAUUACAACAUCCUGGCGGAGAUGGUAUCAGAGUACUGCAGAGCUCUGACCAACAUGACCGAGACCAAAGUCUCGCUCGAGAGGAUCAACGGCUUUCUCAUGCUUGAGGAAUACGCUCCCAGGAUCUUCGAGGAGCUCAACGAAUCUUUCAAGUCUCUGGAGAACGGGUUCACGGUGUACGACGAGGCCGACGAGGAUUUUGCGAUCGUGAUGCGAGGUAGGAUCUUCAAUCUGACCGAGGAAAACUGGGCGGUGAACCUGCAGAACCUGACGGCCAAGUGGAACUUGGCCUCGACGGACAACACCCUGGAGGACAUAGACAUGAAGCUCGAAAAGGGAAAGCUGUACGCUGUGAUCGGUAUGGUCGGAUCGGGCAAGAGCUCGCUCUUCUCCACUUUCCUCAAGGAGAUCAACGUGGUAAACGGCAACCUGGACGUCAAGGGCAGUCUGAGCUAUGCCUCGCAGGAUCCCUGGGUUUUCGGAAACACCGUGCGACAGAACAUACUGUUUGGGUCGAACUUCGAUCAGGAGAAGUACAAUCGGACGGUGGACGCCUGCUGUCUGACCGAGGACUUUACGACACUGCCAGACGGGGAUGAGACUUUGGUCGGCGAGAAGGGCGUGUGCCUGUCCGGGGGUCAAAAGUCCAGGAUCAACUUGGCCAGGGCUGUUUACAGGGAUGCCGACGUGUACCUGCUGGAUGAUCCUCUGAGCGCGGUUGACGCUCGAGUGGGAAAGAGGCUGUUCGAGAAAUGCAUAAAGGACUACCUGAACAACAAAACUCGAAUACUAGCGACUCAUCAGCUUCAGUUUAUAAAGCACGUUGACGGUAUCGUACUGAUGAAUCACGGCAGGGCUUACUUUUACUCCGAUUACGUCGAGCUAUUGCUAGACUUUCCAGAAUACAACAGCCUAAUCUCCACGAAUCAGAAGAGUGACACAGCCAGUAAAGGCCUCUUGACUGAACAUCUACCAAAGCAGCAGAAUGGCCACGCUAAUGGAGUCAAAGAUAAUAAUCCAAGAACUUUCGAGGAUGCGAUGGAGAAGUCGACGGAGACGAAUGAAAAUAUGAUCUGGAAAUUUUACAACGCAGGAACGAGCGUGUUUUUCGUUACUGUGAUGAUCUUCCUCUUUCUCUUGAUACAGGCCUUCAUAUGCUCGAACGACUUGUUCGUCCUCAUUUUUACCGACGCUGAACAAACUAGGUUCAGCAACAGCAGCAAUACGAACGGCGCAAAUAGCACCGGUAACGCUUUCACUCACAACAAUCAUGGAAGCACAAGAAAAGAAGAUCUGCAUCCGGCUCAGUACUACGUCAACAUCUAUACUGCACUGAUCCUGUCGAUCUUAAUUGUCGGCAUCAUCCGAGCUUUGACCUACACGACUGUGUGUCAGCGAAGUUCAGAAGUACUCCACAACAGGGCUUUCAACGCCGUAGUGAGAACAAGUCUCAGAUUCUUCAACACCAAUCCCAGUGGGAGCAUCUUGAGCCGAUUCUCUCAGGAUGUGUCGAUCAUCGACGAGCUCCUGCCUCGAAAUCUAUUCGAAUCGAUUCAGUUGAUACUGGUGUCCUUGGGAUCGGUGCUGAUAGCCUGUAUCGUCAACCCGAUAAUCGUGCUACCCACUAUGAUCGUUUUCGCUCUGUACUGCUGUAUGAGCAUCAUAUUCAUGAAGACCUCCAAGCACACGAAACAGCUGGAAGGAAAAACCCGAGCGCCUCUACUCACACAUCUCAAUGAGACCCUCAACGGCAUAUCGACGAUAAGGGUGUGCAAAGCCGAAAAGAUCCUGAGUAAGGAAUUCGAGAAGUUUGAAGACCUUCACACGUCCGCCUCAUACUGCAUCCACAGCUGCAGAUGCUGCUACGGCUUGAUCGUUAAACUGCUCAGCCACGCACUUCUAACUUGCGUGACCUUUAGCUUUGCGAUUUCCAAAGACUAUUUCAGCGGAGGCCGCGUGGGUCUGGCCAUAACCCAGUUGUUCUGCGUCUCUACGAUCCUGUGCUACGGGUCGAUCAUGAGUGCCGAAGCGGAGCAUCAACUGAUGGCGGUUGAUAGGCUCAGGGAAUACUCGAAACUACCCGAAGAAGAUGAGAAGAGGGUCGAUUCGAAGAAGCCGCGCGAGAUACCGCAAAAGUGGCCGAGUACAGGUUUCAUCGAGUUCAACAACAUGUCCAUGUGGUACAACAAGGAGGAAGACAAGAUUCUGAAGAAUUUGAAGUUUGUCAUCAAACCGUCAGAGAAGGUGGGAAUAGUUGGACAAACGGGAGCCGGAAAAUCAUCAUUGAUCGCGGCUUUAUUCAGACUAGCGGAGCUGGAAGGCGCAAUCGAAAUCGACGGUAUAGACACCGGUUCCAUACCCCUGCAAACUCUGAGAAGCCGCUUGUCCAUCAUCCCUCAGGACCCUGUCCUGUUCUCCGGUACACUGCGACGCAACCUCGAUCCGUUCGAUGAAUUUUCCAGCGACGCUAUCUGGAGUGCCUUGGAGCAGGUGGAAAUGAAAGAUACCAUUCAACUAUCGAAAGCCGGCCUGGAGUAUCAAGUGAGGAACAGAGGCUCCAACUUCAGCGUUGGCCAACGUCAGCUGAUCUGCCUGGCCAGAGCAGUGCUGAGGAAAAAUCGGAUACUGGUAUCCGACGAAGCCACAGCUAACGUCGAUCCUCAAACCGAUUCCCUCAUUCAAAGAACCAUUCGUACGAAAUUCGCUCAGUGCACCGUGAUCACGAUCGCACACAGACUGAAUACCAUCAUGGACAGCGACAAGGUCAUGGUCUUGGAUGAAGGCUGUUUAAUUGAAUUCGACCACCCAUACAAUCUGCUCAGAGACGAGUCGAGUCACUUUGCGGCACUGGUGAGGGAAACAGGCACGGCUAUGCACCGGCACCUGUUUGAAAUAGCCGAACGAGCUUACAAGGUCAAUUACAUUGAGCUGCCAUGAGAUCACAUCACACAUACUUCGUAAUUCGGCGAUCGAAUCAAAUUUUUAUAGACUUUUUACAAACGUUAAGAUAAAUUAAUUUAACUUGAUAACAGAGUUGAAGAUUGAUUUUUAUUUCUUAUAAUCGUGAUCGUGAUAUGAAUGAAUUUGAUAAUCUUAUGUGAUAUGUAAGUUCGUGAGUUUUAUUAUAGCUGUAUCGGAAAUAGAUAAGGCUUGAAUUAAUUGAAUUAAAUGACGUAUUAAUUUGAUUAAUUUAAAGAGCAGAUUUCAAAAUACUUUCAUAUCGAACGUCGAACUAUACCGCGAGAGAAACCUUUUUAUUAUAUUAUGCAUUUAAUUAUAUCUAUAGGUAUAUUAUACCGCAAUUCAUUGAAUUAUAUACAAUGUUCUUUUUUCUUCACUUUUGAUCCACCCUAUUAUCUCAAACUGCGAAUUAUAUACUACGAACGAGUUAUGUAUGACUCAAGCAAGCUCACACGACGAUGAGUUUAAUAAAGAAGUACGUACAAUAUACGUGCCCAAGGA